GAAAAAGAUGGCGCCCCGCCUCACCCGCCUGCAGCGCGGCUAGCCGGGGCGCAGCCGGGGGCGGCCUGGGGGGGACCCCGCGCCCCAGGCACUGAGCCGGCCGCGGGCAGCGCUCUCCGCCCCCCGCCCGGCGCUGAGCCCCGAGGACUUGGCGGAGCGUGUCUGCUGAGGCUCAUGGAGAACGGCACACACAACCCAAUCAUCCGAGAUGUCUAUGCAGCUGCCAGCCACCUGCAACAAGCAGCGGUCAACUCUUCUGCGAAUGGGAGUGGCUGCAAAGAUCUGAUGGUCAAACUGACGGAGGGGCAGUAUGUGCUCUGCAGGUGGACUGAUGGACUCUAUUACAUUGGAAAGAUCAAGAGGGUAAGUGGCUCCAAACAGAGCUGUCUUGUGACCUUUGAAGAUAACUCCAAGUACUGGGUCCUUUGGAAGGAUAUUCAGCAUGCUGGUGUCCCUGGAGAAGAGCCAAAGUGUAACAUCUGCCUGGGAAAGACAUCAGGGCCCCUGAACGAAAUCCUCAUCUGUGGAAAAUGUGGUCUAGGUUAUCACCAGCAGUGCCACAUCCCGGUGGUGGAGAGCAGCGACGGCCCCGUGCUGACACCCUGGUUUUGUCGGAGAUGUAUAUUUGCCCUGGCUGUACGGAAAGGGGGCGCCCUGAAGAAGGGAGCCAUCGCCAAGACGCUGCAAGCUGUCAAGAUGGUGCUGUCCUACAACCCGGAGCAGCUGGAAUGGGAUUCUCUGCACAGGACCAAUCCGCAGCAGUGUUACUGUUACUGCGGGGGCCCUGGAGAAUGGUACCUGAAGAUGCUGCAGUGUUACAGUUGCAGGCAGUGGUUCCACGAGGCCUGCACGCAGUGCCUUAGCGACCCCAUGAUGUUUGGAGACCGGUUUUAUGUUUUUUUCUGUGCGGUGUGUAACCAGGGGCCAGAAUACAUCAAGCGCCUGCCCUUGAGAUGGGUUGACGUUGUCCACCUGGCCCUCUAUAACCUGGGCGUCCAGAGCAAAAAGAAGUACUUCGACUUUGAGGAAAUCCUAGCCUUUGUGAACCACCACUGGGAUCCUUUACAGCUCGGAAAGCUGACCAGCACUCCGGCCUCAGAACGUGCUCCACACCUGCUCAAUGCACUCAACAGCUACAAAAGCAGAUUUCUGUGCGGUAAGGAAAUCAAGAAGAAGAAAUGCAUCUUUCGCCUGCGAAUUCGUGUCCCGCCAAACCCCCCAAGCAAGCUCCUGCCAGAGAAAGUACCAGGUUUGGGUGAGAAUGGAGCUUCUGAGCUGAAGAAGAGAGGAAAAAGCAAAUACGCCCAUAAAAACGGUUUGCUGCCGCAUGAAUUUCAACAGCAGAAAAGGCGAGUUGCUAGAAGAAAAAGAUCAAAAUUUUUGUUGGAGGAUGCUAUUCCCAGUAGUGACUUCACCUCGGCUUGGAGCACAAACCACCACCUGGCCAGCAUAUUUGACUUUACACUGGAUGAAAUUCAGAGCUUAAAAAGUGCCAGCUCAGGGCAGACUUUUCUUUCUGACCUGGAUUCCACAGAUGCUGCCAGCACAUCUGGCUCUGCGAUAACGAGCCUGUCUUAUGAAUCGAGCAGAAGGAACGUGGGCAGCCGGAAACGAAAGCUGGCGGCUAAAGCCUACGCCCCAGUGGGGGGGAAGAGAAAAGGCAUUGAACAAGGCGGACACCUGAACAGCUGCGCCUCAGAGAGCAGUGAGGCGGCCUGUGCCCCGGAGCGCCAGGAUGAUGGGAUUGACAGCCACACCUUGGAGAGCAUCAGUGAGGACGACUCCUCCCUCUCCCACCUCAAGUCCUCCAUCACCAACUACUUUGGAGCAGCCGGCAGGCUGGUGUGUGGGGAGAAGUACCAGGUGCUAGCCCGCAGGGUGACUCCGGAGGGGAAAGUCCAAUAUCUGGUGGAAUGGGAAGGCACCACCCCAUAUUGAUCCCUCUGGCUUGGACCAGCCUGGGAAACCUCUCCUAGAAUUAAAUAGAUCUAUCAAUCAAACAAAACCCAUGACCUAAACCAAAGGAGGCAAGGGAUGUGGAUGAGCAGGGCUCUCGCGCUGGCCGUGCACCGAUGCGGGAGAGUUUUGACAGCUCUCCUUACGCUUACAGUGAGUUGUGCAGGCGAGGUUUGAAAGGAACACUUAACGGUCUGGAGCAGGGGAUCUCUAGGGAACUGUGAAGGACUUAGGACAGGAUAUAGCAGAGGCAGUUGGACACAGCGAUUACAUCCAAACUUACUGUGAGCCGCGGCAUCGGGUGGCUAAAACUGAUCGAGUUCUUGUUUUUAAUGAUGGUUAUUUUAUUGGUCAUGUAUAUACAACUGGCUUCCCCGGGGGACCCUUUGGCUAAGCCAAGGGAGCCAUCUUUGUGGAAGUGAGCAAUUAGUUCUAUGGCUUUUCAUUGUGAUACUCUGCUGCACCAUAGAGGCAUGGUAGGCCCAUCCGAACCACCCAGCAUCUGGCUGAUAGUGCACACACGUGUCUGAUGGAGCAGCUCUUGUGGUGAGAGGAAAGCAAAGAGGGAAGUUUGAGGGAGUGGAGAAAGGAAAACCAAUCUGUAUAGAGCUCAAACUAUCAUCCCCUCUAGUAACAAUAAAAAUGCUGUUAUGCAGAAGAACCACAUCUAAGUCCACCAGUGUCUUAUGAUCACAUACAAGCCUUAAAUAACAGACCCAACUGGUCUUGUUACUAAAGCAGAAAGCACCUACAUAACCGGUUCUAUAAUGCCUAAGCACCCAAGUAUCACAUUCUUGUGCUGAUAGAAAAUGCUGGGCAAGCUGAUUCUUGUCAAAACAAUUAUAUAGUAUUUACCUCCUCAUCAUACUCAUUCAUUAAUGGGAUACGGAUACACACACACACACACACACAGUCACUCACUCACUCACUCACUCUUUUAGGCCAUUCACUUCCAGCCACAGGACAGAUUUACAUUACGGUUGCUAUUGUCCCAUGACAUUAAGAUGUAAAAUGAUGCAGCAGCUCCAUUUGCUUAUUCUUUUGACAAUCACAGUCUUGGAAUGAAUCCGACAAAUGACGUGAGCUUGCCUUAAAACCAAGGAGGGCAUUGUUUUGCACUGAUGGCAUCUUAAGUGAAAUGGAGCCAUGGGCAUUUAUUUUUGUAAAGAUCAUUGUGUUGAAUGCUGCCAAAUGAGUAGACAAGCCAAAAAAACCAGCCAAACAAAAAGCAAAACAAAGGAAAAGUGACUGUAUCUCUGCGAAUGAAAGAGAAAUGUUUGUGUAGGGGGAGGGAAUUUCUGUUGUUGCUGCUUUUGGAUACAUAACUAUACAUAUUGCUAUUUGUAUUACCUGACAUAUACCAGCUGAACCAAAUCUUUCUACUUAGCGCUGCAUGAUCUCUGUCUUUGUUGCUCUUGCAUAUAUAAUGGAAGAAGAGGAUGUAGCCUUGCAGGGCAAGGAAGGGAGAGGAAAUGCAGUAACUUAAGAAUCAGAAGAACGAAUGUAAUAAAUUAUUGGAAGGCGAGCCAUGUUUUCCAUUAUUGGGAUUCAGAAAGUGACUUGCUAAGCUGAAUUCUGGGAUUCAGUUUGCCUACCUAAUAAUUGCCACUCUUGUCUAAUAUAAAGUGAUCUUGUCAGGUAGCUUAGACACAAUCUAGGUUGUUUUAAAAUAUAUCUAUACUUUUACAAGCUCUAAUAUCAGUAGAAAUGUUUACUAGAUUUUUCUUUUAAACAUUCAGUGAAAAGUUAUCCACACUUUCUAGCCUGGUUGUUGAGAACCCAGAGUGAAACUGACAAUAAACAAGUGACAAGGUGGGGGAGGUAAUAUCUUUUUAUUGGACCAACUUCUGGUGAUGAGAGACAAGCUUUUGAGCUGCAUAGAGCUCUUUUUUCAGAUGACCUGAAGUUGGUCUGAUACAUGAUACAACUUCACCCCACUUGUCUCUCUAAUACCCUGGGACCAACAUGGCGACAACAACACUGUGGAUAAAUAACAGUGAAACUGACAAGUCUCCUUUCAUUGUCCAAACUGAGUGAAGUGCAAAAAUUUAAACAUCUUAAAGGCAAAAAAACCAAACUAGAGUUUGCAAAUUCUUUCACCUUUAAUAAUCCCUAAAGGACAUGGUUUUAACAGUGUAUAUGAUUUUAUGACCUGGCUGUUGAAAGAUGAACUGAAAAGCUCAUUUUAUUGAAAAAACUUUAAGAUCCUGAAUCAUUCAGUGUGUGAUUCUCCCCUAACUGACAUGGGUCUAAAGGAAGAGUAAAAACAGUUGAGAGAGGAAGAUUAGGCGCCAUUUUUAAGCAGAACUCCCAUAAUAAAAGCAGCACUUCCACCACUGACGUCCAAAGGAAUGGCACAACAUCGCCUUCACAGCACAGGUUAAAGUUACAAACCAAAGGCCAUAUUAUAUGAUCCUUAACAAAGUAAAACUCCCAUUGACGUCAUUCCUCAAAUAACAUCGUGGAUAAUCCAAGUUCUGGGGUGGUGGUGGUUGUUUUUAAUUUAACCCCCCCCCCCCAAUCUGAAUUAAGGUCUCCGUAUUUCUGUAGCCUGCGUUUGAUUAUAUGUCUGAGACCCAGAAUGGUGCAUACAGCUCCUUGCUGUCCUUUGAGUGUUAGAGUUUUGGGCCGGAUUCUGACUGGAUGCACCAGUGUAAAUUGGAAGUAUUUCCAUUGCCUUCAGUGGAGUUUUUCAAGAUUAUCCCAGAAUAACUAGGAUCAGAAUCUGGCCUGGUAUCAGCUGCUGUAGCAGAAGCAGAUUAGUCUGAACAUCCAUCAUAGCAGGUUUUCAGGGUGUUUUUUUUUUUUU